CAUUGCGGUGCUUUGACGAAGAGUUGAGAAGAGAAGAAGAAACGACUGAAGAGAGAACAGGAAGAGAACAGAGACACCAAUACACGAAGAAGAGGAAGAGGAGGAAGAAGAGGAAGAGGAGGAAGAGGAGGAAGAAGAGGAAGCAGGAGAAGAAGAGGAAGAGGAGGAAGAAGGAGAAGAAGAAGAAGAAGAAGAAGAAGAAGAAGAGGAAGAGUUUACAAACAGGAUCCAGAGACUGAGGUGUGUUCAGGCCACGCCCCUUCAGGUAAACGCUCAGACAUCAUGAAGUCCUGGUCGUGUUCCUCAGAGAACGUGAGAAGCUGAAGUUCUCCCUUCAUCGUUUACAGUUCCACAUAGAAGAUGAAUUAUUUCUCCUCUCUUCUUAAUCAAACACAAUAUCUUCAGUAGAGGAAGUGAGGAAGAGGAGGACGAAGAGGUGAUGGAUCAAAGCAGCUCAGCAGGAAACUCCACCGCGUCCUCGUCUCGCCGGCUUCCUGCCAACGCUGGCGAGGACGCGCUUCACCCGGCUGAGGAGAUCUCGGCUUGUGAGGAGAUCUCGGCUUGUGAGGAGAUCUCGGCUUGUGAGGAGAUCUCGGCUUGUGAGGAGAUCUCAGCUUGUGAGGAGGACAACAGGCAGAGCAGAGAGUCCCUCAUUCUGCCCGGGUCACAGAACCACCAGAGUCCUGCAGAGACUGAACAGACUGCAGAGAAACCAGACCAUCUGAGUCUCACCGAACACACAGUUCACAAGGAUCCUCGGACUGAAAAACAGAAAUUAGAAGAUUCUCAAACCAAACCAGAUCCACUAAAACCACAUCCUCCAAAGUCCAAAGACCAGCAGAGCCACCAGGAUCACCCUUCAACCUCACAUGAGAGGCAUCAGGACCACCAGGCUCCUCCUCCUCCUCCCCUGACCACCAGGCAAGCUCCUCCUCCUUACCCGAACAUCCAGCAGCCGUGUUCUUACCUGAACGUCCAGCGGUAUCCUCCUCCUCACCUGAGCGACAAGGGGGCUCCUCCUCCUCCUCCUUACUUGCACUUCCAGCCAUCUCCUCCACCUCCUCCUCCUUCUCCUCCUUACCUGGACACUCAGGGGGCUCCUCCUCCCCUGAACACCAAGCGAGCUCCUCCUCCUCCUUACCUGAACACCCAGCAGCCGUCUCCUCACCUGAACAUCCAGAAGGUUCCUCCUCCUUCUCACAGAAAUCCCUACCAGGCUCCACCUUCUCCUCAACUGAACAUCCACCAGGCUCCACCUUCUCCUCAACUGAACAUCCACCAGGCUCCACCUUCUCCUCAACUGAACAUCCACCAGGCUCCUCCUCCUCUUCACCUGAACAUCCACCAGGCUCCUCCUCCUUACCUGAACUCCCAGCAGGAUCCACCGGUCCAGGCUCCACCGGUCCAGGCUCCACCUGUCCAGGCUCCAUCUCUCACCAAAGAGGUGUUGUGUGACCAGGUGGGGCCCCGCCCUCUCGUUCCUUCCUCAGGUGACCCUAAACUGUGUGGCUUCCUGCAAAAGCAGGGGGGGCCCCUGAGGGCCUGGAAGCAGCGCUGGUUCACCUACGAGGAGAAGCAGAACCAGCUGUUCUACUACCGAACGCCGCAGGAUGUGACGCCACUCGGCCGGGUGGAGCUCUGCAGCGCCACCUUCACCUACCCGCUGAAGGCCGAGAGGGGCACAUUCCACAUCAGGACGCCUGAACGCACCUUCAUACUCAAGGCCGUCACCCACGAGCUGAUGUUCUACUGGCUGCAGCAGCUGCAGGUGAAACGCUGGCAGCACAGACGUGGUUCCACCUGUCAGGACCCGACAAACCACAACAACAACAACAACACUGCAGACAACUUCCUGCCGGUGUUCACCAGCCCGUUGGGUCUGGUGGGUGAGGAAGCCGCCAACACACCGUCACAGCGCACGCCGCUCGCCAACAUGUCCAUCAAACAUCCGCUCAUCGAGAUCCAGAACUCCGUCCACAGUCUUCGUAAGAGGGCGUCUCAGGAGUGGAGUCAGAGUCAGUUCUACGUGGACGUUCCACCGCGGAACCCGACCUCUGCAGAACCCAACACCACUACGAGCACGGACUCUAGUACAAUGAGUAGUACCAGCACUGAUACCACUCCCAAGACGUCCAUUGAUGCUCCGCCCCCUCCCCUCUCAUUGGCUGAGCCAGCAGGUCAGGCGUCCCCGGCGGAGGGCAGGGAUUGGCUGUUUGACAGGAAGACGAAGAACCGCAGCUCGUCGCCCCUGAUGUCCCUGUGCAGAGACGGUCUGUCCUCAGACCGGACAGCUCGUCUCCAGCAGGAGAAACAGAUUCUCAUGGAGGACGUCAAAGCUCAGAAGGAGCUGGUGUGGAUCCUCCACAAAGCCUUGGAGGCGUCUCAGCUGGAGAAGCGAACCUGUGCAGAGUUUCUGGCGGAGAAAGGCGAGCAGGAGCGCCUGGAGCUGCUGCGACAUCGCGAGCGGCAGGCGGUGGACCUGCGAGGCCGGCUGGAGGAGGUGAAGAAGGAGGCGGAGGCCACGAAGAGGAGUCUGGCUCAGAGAGACGAACAGCUGGCCGAGCUGCAGGAGAACAUCGGGAUGCUGAUAGAGAAGAACAAUGCCAAGCAGGAGGUGAUCAUAAAGCUGUCUGAUCAGGUGACCUCCCAUAUGUCCUCUGACGGCGGUUUGAACUCUCAGACCUUCGGACAGCUUCAGCAAGAGAUCGAGAACCUGAAGGACGAUAUCGAGGCGUACAAGAAUCAGAACAAGUUUCUGAACUCUGAGAUCUACCAGCUGACUAAACUGUGGAGGACCAGUUCUGAGCAGGAGAAGAGUCUGAUGGUGAAGUGUGCCUACCUGGAGGCCAGUAACUGUCAGGUGGAGAGCCGUUACCUGGGCAUCCUGCGGCAACUGCAUGAGACCAAAUCUCUAGAUCCGGUCCAGCGGGGGGCGGUCCAGAAGAUGGUUGAGGAGGCCCUGAAAGGAGAGCUGAAGAGUGCCCUCAAGCUUAAAGUGGCCAGAGAUCACGAUGGGUACGGCUUCAAAAUCAUCCCAGAGUACGAAGUGGAGGACAUGAAGCUGCUGGCAAAGAUUCAGGCUCUGGAGAUCCGCUCACACAACCUUCUGCAUCAGGAGGGUUCAGAGCGAUCCCUGUUGAGUCGCUGGGCUCAGUACCUCGCCGGCAGGUCAGAUGACCUCGGUCCCUCACCAGAGCUCAAAGGUCUGUUGCGAGGCGGCAUCCCUCAGGAGUACCGUCAGCGGGUUUGGCUCUGGGUGGUCCGAGCCAGAACCAGGACUAUCAGGGAGCGUCACCCACACCUCUAUCAGCAGUUGUGUGAGAAGAGUCGGACAUGUCCUCAUCCGGCCUCCAGACAGAUCCAGCUGGACCUGCAUCGCACCCUGACAACCAAUCAGCAUUUCUCCUCACCCUCUAGCCCCGCCCUCCAGCAGCUCCAGCGCAUCCUAUUGGCCUUCUCCUGGAAGAACCCUGCCAUUGGCUACUGCCAGGGACUCAACAGGUUGGCGGCCAUCGCUCUGCUGGUCCUUCAGAGUGAAGAAGAUGCCUUCUGGUGUCUGGUGGCGGUGGUGGAGGCCAUCAUGCCUCAGGACUACUACACUAAGAACCUGGUGGCCUCUCAGGCGGACCAGAGGGUGCUGAAGGACCUCCUGGCGGAGAAGCUUCCCAGACUGGCGGCUCACUUUGAGGAUCACAGCAUCGACGUGUCGCUCAUCACCUUCAACUGGUUUCUGGUAGUCUUUGUGGAGAGUCUGCCCAGCGACAUCCUGCUGCCACUGUGGGACGCCUUCCUGUAUGAGGGCACCAAGGUGAUCUUCAGGUACGCUCUGGCUCUCCUCAAAUACAAAGAAGACGACAUACUGAAGAUCCACGACGGCGUGGAGAUCUACCAAUACCUCCGCUUCUUCACCAAGACCAUCUCCGACGGCAGGAAGCUGACCAGCAUCGCCUUCAGCGACAUGAACCCGUUCCCCGGCCGCCUGCUGAGGAACCGGCGAGCGCUUCACCUGACUCGCCUGCAGGGGGAGCUGAGGGAGCUGGAGGAGCAGCAGAGGGAGUUCGUCACGGAGAGCGCCGAACACAAAGACAAAGAGCUGGAUAUGGCGGUCAGCGAGGACGACGAUGACCUCUGACCUCACGGACCACUUUAUAUCCUGAUAUAUAUGUAUAUAUGUGUAUUUAUAUACAUAUAUAUAUAUAUAUAUAUAUAUAUAUAUAUAUAUAUAUAUAUAUAUAUAUAUAUAUAUAUAUAUACAUAUACACAGGCAUAUAGGCAGGGCUAAAGGAAACGCUGGUGAGCAUGCUCAGUGGGACCAGUGAUGACUACGAUCCCUGAAUUGUAUUCUCUAAAGACGAACCAUUUCUUCUCUCACAGGAAUGAACUCUGGAUCCGGUUCUCCACGAGUUAAACGAGCUUCCUAACGUUUUGAACUUUGACCCCUCACACUGCUGCAGGUCUGAGUCAGUUAAACACGUGUUUGUUACAUUCGUUGUGUUUUCACAGUUUCUUGAGUCGUGAGUCUGAAUGAGACCGUUAAAUGUCUGAAAUGAUCCUUCACAAUAAAAACAGACAGUGAUG